AUGAAAAGCGCUACGAAGGACCUUCCGUACCAUCACCAGCGCGAGACGUCCUCGCAGCAGCUCGCGGACAAGCACAACUACGGCGGAGUGAUUGAAUCGCUCAAUCUGCGGAACGAGAAGCCACCGCGGCCACCACCACAGCCACAGCGCCACGGCCCGGGCAAGGCACCGGCGGUCAAGGGCACGGCGAAAGGGUCGGUCCCCGGCGGUGGCCGACGUGUCGGGACCUCGUCGAGUGACGCUACGACAUCGGGCGACACGUCGGGCAGCAGCUGCAGCGAUGGCGACACGUCGUCCUCGUCGUACGAAGAGCCCAACCUGCCGUACCCGGGCUUCACCGAGUUCUCGCUCAAGUACCUCGCGCAGGACACGAAGCCCCGCAUCUGGUGUCUGCAGCUGAUCACCAAUCCGUGGUUCGAGCGCGUCUCGAUGAUUGUGAUCCUGCUGAACUGUGUCACGCUCGGCAUGUACCAGCCGUGCGUGGACGAUGCCUGCGUGACCAAUCGCUGCAAAAUCCUACAGAUCUUCGAUGACAUCAUUUUUGCGUUCUUCUCGCUCGAGAUGACCAUCAAAAUCGUGGCGAUGGGCGGCUGGGGCAAGGGCACCUAUCUGGCCGACUCGUGGAACCGGUUGGACUUUUUCAUCGUGCUCGCCGGCGCCCUCGAGUACUGCCUGCAGGUGGAAAACCUCAACCUCACCGCCAUCCGGACGAUCCGCGUCCUGCGGCCGCUGCGUGCCAUCAAUCGCAUCCCAAGCAUGCGAAUCCUGGUGAUGCUGCUCCUCGACACGCUGCCCAUGCUCGGCAACGUUCUGCUGCUGUGCUUCUUCGUGUUCUUCAUCUUCGGCAUCGUCGGCGUCCAGCUCUGGGAGGGUAUCCUGCGCCAGCGGUGCGUCAUCAAGCUGCCGGAUGCGGUAUCGCCUCCGUCCUACCUCGCAUCGUCUCCUCGUAACAUUUACUACCGGCUACUAGUUAACCAGAAAAAGAUAAAAACUGAUGUCUCGUUUUACUAUGAGUUUUCCAAGGAGCAAGAUUACAUCUGCUCGAAACCCGAGGACUCCGGAAUGCACCUGUGCCAGCACCUGCCCCCGUACCGCAUCGGACCGCUCGUCUGCAAUGAGAGUGCACUGCCGUACUCGGACAACGAGCCGACGGCGACGUCCUGCGUGAACUGGAACCAGUACUACACCAACUGCACCCAGCUGGGCAACAAUCCGUUCCAGGGGACCAUCUCGUUCGACAACAUCGGCCUCGCCUGGGUGGCCAUUUUUCUCGUCAUUUCCCUGGAGGGCUGGACGGACAUUAUGUACUACGUGCAGGAUGCGCACAGCUUCUGGGAUUGGAUCUACUUCGUGCUGCUGAUCGUGAUUGGAUCGUUCUUCAUGAUCAACCUGUGCCUGGUCGUCAUCGCCACGCAGUUUUCCGAGACGAAGAAGCGCGAGAUGGAGCGGAUGCGGCAGGAGCGGGCACGCUUCACCUCGUCCUCGACGCUCGCCUCCAGCACGAACAACUCGGAGCCGACCACCUGCUACGCGGAGAUCGUCAAGUACAUCGGCCACCUGUACCGUCGGCUCAAGCGGCGCAUCAUUAAGAAGUUACGAUUGUAUAAGUACCACAUGCAGAACCGGAAGGAGGGCCUCAUACCGUGCACACCGGAAACGAUCACGCUGUCGCCGAACAAAAUCAAAGCGCACCACCCCAAGUGUCCCCGGAUGGGUGCCCUGCUGCUGUCGAACGCCGCGUCGACCACCAACUUGCCACCGCACAAAGCCUGCCAACAGUCGCUCAAACCGGUCGAUCAUCUGCUCCAGUCGAGCCUGUCGAUCAACAAGACCGGACUCGCGGCACCGAACGGCACCGAUGGCGGUGGAGGUGGCGGCCCGGUCAGCUGCGGUGUCGAGAAUCAGGUGUCCUCGCCGGAGGUGUCCGAGAUCGUGUCGCUGGAGAACAUCAAAAAUAAUGCCCUCAACAACUCGACGAGCCUGCUGAACACGGAGGACCGCCAGAAGGUGUUGCUACUGAAGAUCAACAACGAAGAUCAAUCAAACGGACAAGAUCACUGUAUGCCAAGCUUGCUAAGCCCCCCGUCAGCAGCAGGUAGACGAAGAUCGUCCGUUAUGUUUAACGAAUAUGUAGUGCUUCAUACACCUCCAACCAUUACAGAACCAGCACAAGAUAAGAAUGUGUACUGUUUGGAGAAAAUGACCCAGGCCGGCGACGGAAGUAUCUGGCAGGUGAACCUGCCCCACUCGCUGCAGACGGUGAACACGGUGUUGACCGAGUACUCGGAUCUCUGCCUGACCGAUGCGAUGACCUGCCAGGAGCUGCUGGCCUUCUCGGUCGCCUUCUCGGCCGCCCUGCCGACCGGCCACGGCACCCUCGAGUCGUUCUACACGUCACUGAAGCGCUCGAAGGCGGCCGAACCGGCCUCGAACCAUCGCUACCGGCCGGCCCACUCCCCCGGUGCCGGACCGGGCACCGCAAGCCGCCUGUCCGUGCCGGAGAUCGAGCGGUUAGCAGGUGGCAAAUCGAGCAACGAGCCGGGUUCACCCCGGUCCGGGUUCGAGACGGGCGGCGGCAUCAACAACAUCAACAUGGAGGAGUUCGCCUGUUGCUACGAGUACUACCAGAACCAGGGUGUGGCCGAGGAGAAGCCACCGAAGCGAUCGCGCCCGGUCCGCGUGCUGGCCGCGGCGUGGCGCUGCUUCCGGCGCAGCUGCCACCUGGCGCGCUUCGUCGUGAAGAAGCUGGUCGACCACAAGUACUUCCAGCAGGGGAUCCUGCUGGCGAUCCUCAUAAACACGCUGUCGAUGGGCAUCGAGUACCACGACCAGCCGGCCGAGCUGACGGCGAUCGUCGAGACGAGCAACAUCGUCUUCUCGGCCAUCUUCGCCGUCGAAAUGGUGCUCAAGGUGAUCGCCGAGGGCCCGUUCCGCUACGUCGCCAACGGGUUCAACGUGUUCGACGGAGUGAUUGUCAUUUUGAGUGUCGUCGAGCUGGCCCAAGCGUACCUCGGCGAGGGCCAGGGCAGCUCAGGGCUGAGCGUCCUGCGGACGUUCCGGCUGCUGCGCAUCCUGAAGCUCGUCCGCUUCAUGCCCAACCUGCGGCGCCAGCUGUUCGUGAUGCUGCGCACGAUGGACAACGUGGCCAUCUUUUUCAGUCUGCUCAUACUCUUCAUUUUCAUAUUCAGCAUUCUUGGCAUGUACCUUUUUGGAGGUAAGUUCUGUAAGUUUGUCGAAGAGAGCGGGAGAGAGAGGGAAUGUACUUGUCCAGAAAUUGUCUCCAAGCAUCCGCAAUGUGAAUGUGACAGAAAACAUUUCAACAAUAUCCUCUGGGCCACUGUGACCGUCUUCCAAAUUCUCACACAGGAGGACUGGAACGUGGUCCUGUUCAAUGGCAUGGAAAAGACGAGCCAUUGGGCCGCCCUAUACUUUGUCACGCUGAUGACGUUCGGCAACUACGUCCUGUUCAAUCUGCUCGUUGCCAUUCUGGUCGAGGGUUUCAGCUCCGAGCGUAACGAGAGGCGAGAGCGCGAGCAGCGGGAGCUCGUAAAGGCGAAGCUCAAUGCGGAAGCCCUGGCGCAGGAGCAAAGCAUGGAGGUGUUCGAGGAUCAGCGCAGCUUCUCCGGGUCGUCCACCACCGACAGCUACAAUGGGUCGCGCGGGGGCAAGUGGUACAGCGUCGAGGAGCUGAGCAAGGCGCGCAACCUCGAUUCGAUCAAGUGCAACAUCCAGAAGCAACGGUUGCUGCAACCGAACUACGAGGAAACGAAAAACGUGGCCCACAAGAAUCGGCGCGAAAAGGAUGUGUCCAAACCGGAGCCCCAGUCCAGCCGGAAGGGACGGAAAACUGACUCCCUGAAGCUGUACAACAUUCAGGUGCAGGAACCUCCGAUCAUUACCACGACGGCGGCCACACCGCAGGACUCACCGAGCGGCACGAUGGGUUCCGGUGCCAGCUUCAAGGACUGGGAUCAGGCCGACUUCGAGCGGUUCGAGCGGGAAAACUCGUCCUUGCUGAAGCCACCGUCCGUGCUCGGUUCGCUGAAGGCACUCGACGAUCGUGCGUACUUCGAGGGCACACCGGUGCUGAACGAGAUGCGCAAGCGGGGCGACAAAAAUCAGAGCUCCACCGCAUCCUCCGACAGUCGGCUGGCUCUGCUGGAGCACAAGCAGCAGCAGAAGAAGCUCGACAAAACGAACACGGAACCGGUUGCGAUUUCCGGUUCCCUAAAGGCGGCAAAAGAGGACACCGCCGGACCAAUCCGGCCUGGCUCCGGCCUGCGUCGGCAAUGCUCCACCGAUGAAGGGAUACUGAACAACGGCAAGGUUCUAUCAAAGUCCAAAGGAUACAAUUUGCACGAUCGCCGCACGCACGAUCCGUUGCUGGAGAAGAGUAACCGCAUCCAGAACGAUACGCAAGGACUGAAGCAAUCCGUCGGCCGUCGGCGCAGUUCCGUGCGCCGAUCGUCCUCGGUCAAGGUGGACAGUGGGGGCAGCAGUGUCGCGAGCAACCUCAGCCUGACGUCGCACCCGCGGGGCUACUACAACAACGGGAGCACCAAGUACUAUUUCGAUCGCAAAAACUCACUGCGGCUGUGCGACAUCCGUACGCCGAACAACCGCCGCCGGAUGUCCUCGUUCGACCAGGCCUUCCACAAGCAGUCGCCGAUGAGCAGCAUCCGCAAUCUGGAGAUCCGCAAUCUGCAGGACGAGCUCAGCAAGCCGCGCGGCAGCUUGGACAAGAACGCGUCGAACGCGUUCAAGAUUGCCGGCAACAGUACGGCCGACCUGCCGGGAAAAGGAUCGUCCCUGGGGGGCGGCGAUACGCCCAAGAAGAAGUCCAAGGGCAGAUUGAAGCAGUUUUUCCGCCUAGUCACGCCGUACCACUUCGUGGAGGAUCACGACGCGUACACGCUGUACCUUUUUCCCGAGCACAACAGAUUCCGGCAGUGCUGUACGUGGUUUGUGAACCAAAAGUGGUUCGAUAACGUCAUCCUGCU